CCCACAAACACCCCAGGGACGGGACCCUGUCAUGUUUCACUGACUGACCCCUCCCGACCGGCGAAUGACAAGUGUGCAUCCGAGGGUGGGGCUUGCCUCAGUCUCUCAUGAUUGGCUGCUGGAUGGAAUUAAGGUGAAUGGAACACGUUCCCAAGGAGCAGGACCCUAACCCAUCAGAGGGAGAAGAGAAACGGUGGCUCAAUGGCCCGAAGAGGAAGAGGAAGAACAGCCAAUGUUCGGUGAAGAGUAUGACUGGGUACAUCCCCAGCUACCUCGAAAAGGAUGAGCCAUGUGUGGUGUGUGGCGACAAGGCCACAGGUUACCACUACCGCUGCAUUACCUGCGAGGGCUGCAAGGGUUUCUUUCGUAGGACCAUUCAAAAGAACCUCCACCCGUCCUACUCCUGUAAGUACGAUGGCUGCUGCAUCAUCGACAAGAUUACCCGCAACCAGUGUCAGCUCUGCCGCUUCAAGAAGUGCAUUGCAGUGGGCAUGGCCAUGGACUUGGUGCUGGACGACUCAAAGCGGGUGGCCAAACGGCGGCUGAUUGAGGAAAACAGGGAGCGACGCAGGAAGGAGGAGAUUGUGAAAACUCUCCAGAACCGUCCAGAGCCCACCACAUCCGAGUGGGAGCUGAUCCGCCUGGUGACCGAGGCCCACCGACACACCAACGCUCAGGGCUCCCAGUGGAAACAGAAACGCAAAUUCCUGCCAGACAAAAUCGGCCAGUCCCCGGUUGAGCCCACGUCAGACGUAGACAAGGUGGACCUAGAGGCCUUCAGCGAGUUCACCAAGAUCAUCACUCCUGCCAUCACCCGUGUGGUCGACUUUGCCAAAAAACUGCCCAUGUUCUCCGAGCUACCUUGUGAAGAUCAGAUCAUCCUGCUGAAGGGCUGCUGCAUGGAGAUCAUGUCACUGCGAGCUGCCAUGCGCUACGACCCGGACAGCGAGACGCUGACGCUGAGUGGGGAGAUGGCUGUGAAGCGAGAACAGCUGAAGAACGGUGGGCUGGGCGUGGUGUCGGACGCCAUCUUCGACCUUGGCAAGAGCUUGGCACAGUUCAACCUGGACGACACAGAGGUGGCGCUGCUGCAGGCAGUGCUGCUCAUGAGCUCAGACCGCUCUGGCCUGACCUGCAUGGACAAGAUCGAGAAAUGCCAGGAGACCUACCUCCUGGCGCUUGAGCACUACAUCAAUUACCGCAAGCACAACAUUCCCCACUUCUGGCCGAAGCUCCUGAUGAAGGUGACGGACCUGCGGAUGAUCGGGGCGUGCCACGCCAGCCGCUUCCUUCACAUGAAAGUGGAGUGUCCCAACGAACUCUUCCCGCCGCUCUUCCUGGAGGUCUUCGAGGACCAGGAGGUGUGAAACACGGUUGCCAUCACGCAAAGGGAAGAGGAAGUUGGAGCAAACUUGGGAGAUGGGAAGGGCCAUCAUUUCUGUAGGGGAAGAAUGGAGGGAGAGUCCUCGUGGCAGGAAUCUGCGUUUCUCCAACAUCACAAUUUACAGUUUGUGGUUUUGAUAAAACUGGAACCAACAAUAACAGAAACAACACACCAGCAACAGGAGAGUCAAGCAACCAGAGGAUUUUGUUUUUUGAACACCCUCUCCUCCACCUCUUUCUCCUUUUUCUUACCCCUGUUUUAAAUCCGAGUGGGGGCCCUUCUGUCUGAGCAUGAUGUCUUAUAUAGUCAAAGUUGUAGCCAUUUGCCAAGACACCUACACAGAUACAUACAGUACACACAUAGACAACACAGCCAAUUCCACCUCAGUUCUUCAGAACUCUUCAUAGGGGUCUGUUCCCCUUCUCUGGUUCUCUCUCACGGUCACAGAUUUACACAUUUUGAAGCCCUAGUUCCAGCUUUCAUGCUGGCUGCACCUCUCAGUAUUAUUUCUGAAUAUUUGUCAGAAAACAUGGAAAAAAAAUUUACUCACAGUUAUGCAGGCACACACAAUCAGCAAACACUGCACAUAGAAUCCUCAGCAGACACUUUUUAGGCAUUACUCUGGUGUAUAAAAGCUGUAGUAAAGCAGAACUACCAGAACUACAUCAUUAUCUAUAUUCCUCUACUCAAUCUGAGCCGUUACAGCUGUUCGUUGGAGCUUCUUCUACUUAGAUCCCAGUGAAAACCGGUGCUAUAUUUAUAUAAGGCUACUCCAGUUUUAUGAAAAUGUGUUGUCUACCUUUGAAAACCAUGGCUCCAUAUCUACCUUCAUUUGUGUCAUUGGACCGGCUCCUGUGACAUAUAGUGUGCACACAUACACCACACACAGACAUAUAUGAGCAGACUUUGCCUUGUCAUUGCCCCUGCUGCUUGGUCCAGCAGCGUACCAUCUUAUGAAUGACAAUUAAGCCCUUCUCUCUCCAAGGAAAGAAAAAAGAAGAGAAAAGGAGAAGAGUGUAGAGGAGGGAGAGGGAAACUUGGAGAAGGAAAGGAGGGAGGAGCAGAGCAGAGAGAGGAAAUAAGAUUUAAUAUGCCGAUUGUAGAUUCAGAGCCAGAGGUCAGAAGUAAAUCUCCUACACCCAACCUCCAAGGAGGUUUUGAAUAGCAGCAACCACCAGCAAGACGGCAGAGCUCAACUUACAUAAACAUACUUACACUUUCUCUCUGCCUCUCUUUCUCUCUUUCUCUCUUUUACACAUAAACAUAAAAACACACAUCACCUCAGAGUAACGUGAAUGCCUCAUUUUACUGUAUGCACUGCUCAGCAGUGUCGAUAUACAGCCCUAACCUGCAGGGUUUGUAGAGAGUCCACUCCUCACGGACUCCACUCAGUGUGGCCCUCCAGGCUUCCAUACACAUUUGCCUUUUUACCAUGGGCGUCACUGAGAGCAGGCAAAUGCCAAGAAGGCUACCAUUUACCUCAAAGUGGACACACCCCCAGGCUGGGGCAGCAAUACUGCCCCUAUGGUGUCAGGCACUACCUCACCUCUGUGGACACAGGGCAGCUGCCCACAGCCUACACACAGACAUACACCAUUCAAGUUGGCGCAUGUGUAGAUUAACACACAAAUGUGCAUAUUUUUUUUUGCGUAGGUGCACACUUGUAGUUAUGGAAAGACAAAAACACUCACUGCAUACACACACACACCCUCAGUGCUAUCACUUGGUUGAAAUGAAAUACCACUGAAGACAGGAGGGCCGGCCAUCCCCCUGGAUGGUUCCACCAGCUCCAGGGAAUGGUACCCAUCACAUUCGGGUUGUCUCUUUUUGUUAUACGGGACCAAGUGUCAUCUUUUGAGAUUUUUUUUUUCUUGAUUUACCUGUUUCUGUCAAAACAGAAAUCGACUCACAGAAGUGACAAAGGACAGUGUGGUUGUGCAGCCCAGCUGACACCCAUCAAAGCAAAGCAGCAAGAGGAGAGAUAACAUGGAGUAACUGAAAACCCGUGGUGGCCACGUCCAUUGAAUUAGUAUGCACAGAACGGAUGGUCUCCUUCUGCAUCAUGGCGAUCUUCCACAGUACACUCAUGAUGAAUCCCAUCAGAUCUCAAUAAACAUCCUCACGGAAAUAAGCUCGUACAGUGCAUUAGACGUAAAUAAGUGGAAUGUUCACGACCGAAAUGAAGCCCUUCGAAUGGCGACUCAGAAAGCUCUUUCAGUCUCAUGCACUUUAACAAAGCUCACCACUAUUACAGUAAUCUCUCACUGCAAACAUCUGUGGCAGAUAUCAUAGUGUACCAGCCAAAUGACCAGUCAAGAAUGUUAAUUUGAUUAGAAAAGCCCACUCUGUUCAUUCCAAUUCUGGGGCCAAGCCAAAUCUAACUGGGUUUACCACUCCUACAAGAAGAGAACGGAAAGAAAGACUACGAGAAUCUAUUUUAUACUUAAUGCCAAGCAGUAGAUCAUACUGGGCACUUGUACAGGAUGGGUGAUCUGAACCCUUCAGAAGUACCUAAGCAGAGGAAUGCGUGGCAGGAAUCGUGGGUAAUCGUCACAGAUGGCCAAGCCUCACUGAAGUGUUUCUGGUUGGAGGGAGGAACCGGAACACCACCUUUGGGCACGAUGGCGGAGUCCAGUGUGGCUCCGAGAAGAAACUCUUCCUCAAGCAUCAUCGCCCCCCUCCAGAGAUCCAGCACCUGUCCUGCCUGACCUGCCCUACCCCACUCUCAACCAUGACAAUGCCCUUCUGGGAGCCCGGCUCUCUCUAAAUUGCACCCCAGUCCCAUUUGAACAGCCCCAAACCAGCCAGGCUGGAGGGAGCUUUUGCACUAUUGCAACUUUGCCCCCCCUUCCUUACUAAUCAAAGUAUAUCCAACAGUCCUUGUUGGGUUUGCCAUUUAGUUUUCCUUCUGCUCUGUGUGAAUCAGAGCAGAUUUGGAGUUUUGGCUGCUCUGUGUAACAGAGGCCAGUAGUUGCAGUGGACCCAGUCCCCAAGCUGCCCCUUAAUGUCAGUAUUAGAUCAACAGCACGUGACCCUAACCAACUCAACCAGGGGUUCAAAGAGAUCCCUGCGUAGGAAAGUGGAAGGGCUGUGUAGCACUUAUUAAUCCCCCUUUUAGUACUUAUUUUCCCAUCAUCCUUCCCAUAGCAGAAUGAUAUUUCAAACCCAGAGCCCUCCCCCAAACAUCAUCCCCUUUUUCCCAUUCCUCUUCCCUUUAGCACCCUAGCCAUCAUACCCACUUAACAUUGAGUGGGCUGUCCCCAUUUUGGCCCCGAAUCAUUGACAUCAAACAGGAUCCAGGCCUCUCCCUUGUGAGACAAGGCUGGCCAUAUCUGCCCUUUAGAGUGGCGCCACCGGAUGAAUGUGAACGGCAAAGCAGCAGCGAUGGGAACGAGAGACUUGAGCGCGAGAAUGUGAGGAUGCAAGAGACGAAGAAAGCAUGGGACAAGAAACACGAUAAAAGCCGAAACACGGCUGGUUGUAAAGACGAUGCUUACAAACACUCGGACGGAGGGGAGACGGAGGCGACGCAGGAGUACGUACAGUCUCCCCUUCAGCAACCCCCCAUAUGAGCUCCCGCUCCCAUGCCAGCUGACAAACCCACAUGCCCCCCCCUUCAGCUCCACCCCUGAAAAGGAUAACCUCCAACUUUUGCAAGGUGCUGAUCGGAAAGAGAUCGCACAUUCCAGAGAUGCCGGUUUGGAGUUCCAAAACAUCUUUGAAAAAGAACUGAAAAAGAGAAAAACCUAUUGAUGUCCUUUGUUCUCGUGAGCUGACUGGGUAUGUGUGUAUGACAGAAGGGGUUAUAAUGCUGCUUUACCUUCUGAGUCUGAUUUAGAGUAAGAAAAAAAGAUAUAUGAAAUGAUUAUAAAUCCAUAAAACAAAAUGAAAAAGAGAUGACUUUAAAAAAAAGACUCCUGAACAAAAUUAUUGGAGAUUUUUUCAUUUUAUCAUUGUUUUCUUAUUUUUUCUGUUUGUUUUUUGACGCUUAAACUGCUCUGUGUAAAAAAGGAAAAAAAAAACAGCUGUAGUCACUUUUUGACCAUGCGUGCAGUGUAACAUAGAAAAUAUUUCACUUCUUUUUCACAUCUAUAGUUUGUGUUGAUAAGCCAACUGAUCUGUUUGUCUGUGUGUCUGUUCAGCUGUCCGUCCCCUUUUAUCAGGAGGAAUUUACAAACCAACAAAACAGGAAUUUCUUUUUUAUAUUUUGUUUUCUUUUUUAUGAAAUACGACUUUGGAGAAAAAAAAACCUAAACAGGAAAAAUAAUGCAACAGAAACUGAAAAUACAAAAAAAAAAAAAAGAAAAAAAAAGAAACAAUCUCGUCAUACCUCACACAACACAAAACUCAAAGGAACUUGGGAGGAGUCAUAUUCUGCAGGCACAUGUGAAAGUUCAGAGAUGCAUAUAUAGAUUUAAAAAAUGUAUAUGUUAAGAUAAUAUGUGCUUGUGUGUACGCAUCAGUAGAAGUUACAAAAGGACUUUUCCCUCAUGCUUUUGUGCUCUCUAUCUUAUUGAUUUGGUUCUUGGAUGAUGGGAGAAGCAUCGUCAAACGUUGUGUUUUGGCUUAAGAUCACUUCUAGUGCUUCUCCAACUUAAAGGCACAGUCUAAAGACAGUAAACUCAAAAUGUGAAUAGCCCAGAGACUGAGGGAUAAAGACUUUUGUAAUGGCUGAGUGUUUUAUGGUAUUGAAUGUAGCUGACAGGAGGGGGCUGGACCUGAGCCCGGCACCCACAACCUAACUUCCACACACCAGCAGAAAAGGAUAGUGGUGUCACAUAGACGUUACAAACAACCAACAAAACUGAGAAUAUAUAUUGCCCGUCUGCAAGGUGCAAUACUAUGUUAUGUAUUUUUGUAUGUUUUCUGUUUUGAUUUUUAUUUUGUUUCUUUUACAUUUUCUUUUGGCCAUAACCAAGGAUGUAAAUACAAAAACAUACAACACUCAAGAUUUAUUGCAACAGAGUAAAUUUAACCGCUCCAUCCCGCUGUCAUGUAAGAGGAAGAAAAGCUACGUAAUGUGUAAUGUUUCAAACAUUUGUAUGUAUGCACUCUCUCACAUGUGCAUGCCGAUCCAUACUCAGAAGUGCCCCGUGACAUUAAUCAUAAACCCUGUGCCUCUUCUUGUUUGCAAAGAGAUAGAUUCGUACCCCUCAUUUUCUCACAACUUCGAGACACGCUACACAUGAAUACCUAUAGUUGUGUGUGUUUUCAUCUAUGAAAUAGUUCCUCCAAACUAAUGAUGUGUGUUGCCAGCAGACACAGUGGCUAAAGGUUGUUGAAGCUUCUGGGUUGUCUUGUUGAGCAGAGUGGGAGGUUGGUAUAGAGAGGGUAUAAAUAGAAGGAAAGUUUGUUUGAAUGUCAGCUAACGUGGCUGCAACACACCCACAUCAUAGUUAGGAGAACUAAACAAUGAAUUUCCCCAUUUGUGCGCUACCCCAUUGCCUCAAAAAAAAGCCAGCCUGAAGAUCUAUAAAGCUGAGACAGAAACUUGUCUAGAAAAGAAAAUGGGCAAAAUACAGACUAGUUUACAAUAGACUCCAUUUUCACUUACCAUUUCAGAAGUCUUGUACCUAAAAAAAAACAAGACAAAAGAGCUACUUUUGAUGUUUUUAUUGGUGUUUAGUUGCUAUUGGACGAAAUGCUAAUGGUAGUAGCUCAAGACUGAAGUAAAGCUCUUAGAGAAAAAGCAACUUUUGCAUGAAAAUAACUGUACACAAGGGCAACUAGCUACCCUGAUAGUAGAUUUUCUUUGGCUCUGAUAUGGGCCAAAUAAACAGCAAAGAUGUGGCCAGUGACAGUCAAAAUCUAGUCCAAAUUUAGGAAUGCCAUGUCUGAACCGUCACAAAUCCAAGACCUAAAAAUACAGACCUCUAUCAAGUAGUACCGACUUUAAUCUGAGCCAAAUGCUUCACUCAUGUAAGUGAUCCUGAAAAGAAACCCUUCCAAUACUGAAAGCAUGGCAAGUGCUUGAAUUGCAUAAGUCUCCCAGAUUAGAAUUUCCCUCCAGUUUGAAGGUAUGGUGAAGUGUAUGUGGUAAUGAUUAGGCCCUCAUUCAGUUUGCCAUCUUAAAACCAAGCAAUGACUAAUCAGCUAACAUGAUCAUAAAUUUAAUCUUGAUCUGUAAAAAAACCCAACUGUAAUCUGUUUUUAGGAUUCAAACUAACACACCAAGAAAAUAAGGUUGGAAAUAAGUUUACUCAGCUAUUUAACAGCUAUUUUUGAUGCUUUAUUUGUCUAUAGGGUCAAAGUGUUAAUUAUAGUGGCUCAAGAGAGAACUGUCAAAGUAGUAAAAGCUGUGAGAAAAGGCAAGAGAAAAAAAUAACUUUUGCAUGCAAAUAAUUGUACUUAAGGGCAUCUUGCUACCCUGAUAUUAACUUUCAUUGGCUCCAAUACAGUCUGAACAAACAGCAAAGAUGUGGCUGAAGGACAGGCAAAAUCCCACCCAGGUUAAGGAAAGCCAUGUUUGAAUCAUUACAAAUCCAGGCCUCAACCAAGUAGUAUCAACUAAAAAUGGGCCAUAUGCCUCACUUGCAUUAAGUGAUCCUGAAGAGAAAUCCUUCUAAUUGUGAAGGCAUUUCAAAAUAAUGGGCUUUUACAAAUUUUGCUAGCAGCUCAUUUACAUGCAAGUGAAAAAAAAAGUAAACUUUUUCCGUUAAUCUAAAUAAAAGUGGGCUUUUGAAUAGCGUGUACACUUGUUAAUCUGACUGGAACUGGGUUUCUUGGAUCGCACCCAAACUGGGCUAAGAUUUCUAUGCAUGCUUCACAGCCUCUGUGCCAAGCUUUGACCCAGAAGUUGAACAGCAUGAAUGCUAAACAUAGAAGAAGUCACAUUGUAAUUGACCAUAGGGUAUUAACAUAAGCUAGCAGGCUAACGUGUUAUAUUUGUUCCAAAAGUAAAGCGUAUUUGUGUUAGAAAUGUACAGAGCUGCAAACUUGUUUAUGCUUUGCCCUUCCGAAACCAAUUACCUACUUAUUACUACUAUUUACUACUAACUUGUUUGCAGAGUCAACAUGAAAAAGGGUUGAUAGUAGCUAAUAGGGGGUUUAUCUCCACCUGCUUAACAGAGUCCGACAUACUGGUGCUUUUAUACUAAGGACAGUAGGCUGGAUAAUAGCUCUGCUACUACUUGCUGCUUAAAAUAUAACAACUGUUGUUAUCUCAUUGUAACUAUAUAAGCUAUCUGCUA